GCCUAUGGAACAAAUAUAUUAAGUCUAUGGUUGACACGGGACAGCCGGAAGUUCCUACACGGAAUGGUGUCCGGCGAUAUAACGUACUCCCUCGAAGCCACGUUCCGCCCUCCACGGUAUUCCCGCGGGCGCUCGUGGCCGUCGCUUGGUCCGGGCCAGGGCCGGCUUCGAACCAGUCUCCUUGCCAUGGCGAGCAGCGCUAGUCUGAUGGCGGCACAUCGCGAGGGACAAACCCGAGCCGCCGGCGACGCCCUCCCUGACAGCGCCCGUAUCUCAGCCGCUUGCUCCUGGGAGUGCCGGACGGACCUGGCGAGUGUCCUGCGGCUCGUCCCGGAGGGGGAAUUGGGCGCCUGGGAGGCGGUGGGACCCCCGCAGAACGGUGAGGACAGUGUGGUUCUUGAAGGCCGAUUCAAUAAUGACAGCAUUGCCCCAUGUUUACUGUACUUGCAUUGUGAUGCCCAUGGAUCUGAAGAAAUUAUCGGUCUUGGCGUUGUGAGUGAAGCACGAAAUAUGGAAGUCUACAUAGGAGAAGAAUACUGUAGAACUGCAAAGGGAGAAAAAAUCUUCACUACUGAGCAUGAUAGGUCAGAACACUCUCCAGAAGAGAAUUCAGUUGUGAAAGAAGAAGAACAAGCAAAGGGAAAGGGGAUGGGACAUAUUACUGGACAGGGAAACAAACAACCUCCAGACUUUGCAUCCAUCAAAAACAACCCUAUUAUGUUGUACAAAAAGUAUCUAAAAUUGGAUUGCUCCACAGCCUCUUGUAAGAUAAAGCUACUCUCCAUCGGUGAAAAACAGAGAGUGCUCAUCAGUAAAAUAUUAGUACAAGUCAAAACAGUUACUAUGAAAUCUGUGUCAGACUUUGCUGCUCUGGGAUCAGGAAUAGACAUACGCAAAGUUCAAACUAUAGUGGAAUCUGUGGGAUCAAAGUUAUCGCCUGGGGCUCAACAGCUCAUGGAUAUGGUUCGGUUUCAACAGAAGAAUGGACAUGCUUAUGGAGAGAAGUUACAAAAUAUCUUUGGAAGAAAUGGAUAUAUGCUUGGAAGCAAUCAUACUGUUGAUGGAUCGAAAGAAGUAACUGAUCUUGGAGGACUGGGUCAUUUGCACAAUGGGCCUUCUCUUCUGAAAGCUACAUUGAUGGCUGAAAAGGUUGCAGAAGACAUGAACAUCAAUAGGAACAGGCAGGUUGCAAGUACGGGAAAUAUUUCUGAGUGUCCAGGACUUCAGGCUCCAAAGCCCAGUGAUAUAGUUUCCCAAAAUGAUUUUAGAGGGUUGGUAUCAUCAUUUUUACAAGAGCAAGGAAAUGAAAACCCUGAUAUUCCCAAUGGCACUCGGCUGCUUCCACUUCUUCAAACAGUAUGUGGUCAAGUGAAUCGUCUACGACUAGAUGAAAGGAACAAACACUGUGAGAAUAACUCUGUAUCUGAAGAUUGUAUUCAUACCGUUGGUCUAGAGCAGCAGCCUGUUUACAUGUACUUGGAAAAACUCAUCUCUAAAAACAUGGAACUGAUGGAGAAGAGAUUAAUGGACUAUAUUGAUGUGCGUAUGCAGAAACUUCAGGAACAUGUAGAUAAUAAAAUUGCUGCAGUAAAGGAUUUGGUUCAGGAUUGCAAUAAUGUGUUACCAGAAAAUGGGGAUCUGAGAGAAGGACACUUGACUGGCAAGAGGUAGGCAUUUAAAAAAAAAA